GGACGGGACGCUUCUUCGAGAACAACAACAGUUAGUCAGACACAUCGUUAGCGUGCUAGACAACAUCGCAGAAACAUUGAAGCCCUUCAGACCAUUUCAGUGUCUAUUUGCCACUGUGUUUUGAAUACACUUCUGUCGUAUCUACUAGUUACCCCAUUUAAUGUCAUAUUUACCUUGUUAGUCAUCUAAAUUAGACUAUCCCUAAGCUAAUGCUAAUUAGCUUGCUAACAUCCCCGACCAUGAGCUCACUAAGCUACUCUCCUCCUGCUGAAGAAGAGGUCUGCUGGACGGAGAAAGAAGCUCUUUGGUUGAACGUUGUUGUGAAACAAAAGAUACUUUCGGAGUGAAAAAGGAGGAGGAGGAUGUUACAGUGAAAGAGGAGGAGGAUGCAGAGGAUUUUUGGAUUGAAGGCGGAGGAAGAAGAGGAGGUUGGAGAUCUGUUUAACAUCAUUUUUGGAUUGAAGGAGGAAGAAGAAGAGGAGGAGACUGAAGAUCUGAUUAACACCAGAGAGAUACGAGACUAUCGUGGAUCCUCUGGGGAGCCUCAACAACUUCAUGAUGCUGAAGAGGCAGAGAAGAGUCUCUCCAGAUCAGAACACCUCAAGAAACACCUGCAGAGACCCACAGGGAAGAAAUCUCACCACUGCUCUGACUGUGGGAAGAGUUAUUCAAGAUCAGAUUCACUUAAGCUACAUAAGAGAAUACACCAGCGAGUACACACAGGAGAGAAAUCUCACCACUGCUCUGACUGUGGGAAGAGUUACUUAAGAUCAGAUUCACUUAAACUACACAUGAGAAUGCACACUGGAGAGAAUCUUCACUGCUGCUCUGACUGUGGGAAGAGAUUCACCUCUUCAGUAGACCUUAAAAUACAUCAGAGAAUUCACACUGGAGAGAAACCUUUUGGCUGUGAUCAAUGUGGGAAGAGUUUUACUAAGCCAAGCAACUUGAAAUCACAUCAGCGAAUACACACUGGAGAGAAACCUUAUGGCUGUGAUCAAUGUGGGAAGAGUUUUACUCAGUCAAGCGGCCUGAUAUCACAUGGAGGUGUGUUCUAG